AUGCAGAGAAUAUUAGAGAAGAAACACUUCAGAAACAAACAGAAAGAGAUAGAAUACAUUUCGAAGAAAUUGCAAUCUUACGAUUGGAAGACUUACCCUCAUAGAUGUCUUCUUAUCUUAGAUGACUUUGCUUCUCAUCCUUUGUUAAAGAACAGAGAACAAGACAUGUGUCGAAUUCUCAAGAAGCUCAGACACUUUAACAUUUCAGUUGUCAUUUGUGUACAGACAGCCAAGAGUUUAAGUAAGGAUGUAAAGAGAAUACUUACUGAUAUCAUACUUUUCCCUGGAUUGUCCGAAGACGAUUUCAUGGAACUUAUGAAAGAGUCCAUGGCAGGUAAGUUUGACAGACAUGAACUAUGGGAGAAGUACAAAGUCAUACAAGACCCUCAUACUUCUUUCAGAAUUCAUAUCUACGCAAACAAAGUUCAAAUUGUAAAAAGUCAAGCUUGA